UCGCUCCGCUUUCCCUGAGCUUUUGCUCCGAAGCACGUGGAAGCAGCACUCGACAGCAAAAACGUUGCCUUCUGGAGCCUUAAACCCAUUUUGCAGCGGGGCGGGAGCAGAGCAGGCAGGCAGAGCACACACACGCGUCCAGAGAGAGAGAGAGGGAGAGAGAGAGAUCUACACACAUACCUACAGACACACAGAGAGAGAGAGGGAAGCAAGGAGGGCAAGCCAGCCGCAGAGGGUUCCCCUUUGAGCGCAUCCUCCUCCCUUGGUCGCCCGUUUGGGAAACCCAGUCUUUCCCUCUCUUGCCACACAACACAACAUCCUCAGAGCAUUUCCCUUCUCCCUCUUUUCUCUCCACCUUCACAACGGGAGGAAAAGAGACACGCCAUGGAUAACAAUUCAGGUGGUGUGAUACUCUAUGUGGGCUCAACAGCUGGCUCCAGCCCCACUCCAGGCAGCCCUCCCAAUGGAUAUCUGGUGCCUUCGCCCCAACAUUCACUGCCCUCUUCUUUGGAAGAGCUGACUCUUACUGAGAUUGGGGCCAUCAAACCCCAGCGGGCCAGCUCCCCUUCUUCGCCCAAGGUCGCCUUCCAAUUUCCUGAAGGGAUUCGCUACCCCAACAAGGGCCAGUCACCACCAACACAGAGCAGGGUGCCUGCUGCCAAACAGAACGGAGCCUCUGGCACUUUCACGAAAACAGGGGGUAUGGUGUUGCUCUGCAAGGUUUGCGGUGACAUUGCCUCUGGUUUCCACUAUGGUGUCCAUGCUUGUGAAGGUUGCAAGGGGUUCUUUCGGCGAAGCAUACAGCAGAACAUCAACUACAAGAUGUGUGUGAAGAAUGAAAACUGCAUGAUCAUGCGGAUGAAUCGCAACCGCUGCCAGCAUUGCCGGUUCAAGAAGUGCCUGGCGGUGGGCAUGUCAAGAGAUGCUGUGCGUUUUGGACGCAUCCCUAAGCGGGAGAAGCAGCGUCUACUUGACGAGAUGCAGAGCUACAUGAACAGCUUGAAUGAGACCCCGAUGGAUGUUGGCCUGAGCCCGGAGACAGAUAAUGCCUCACCACCAAGCCCCAAUGCCCAGGAGGAGGAAGCCAUCAGUGCCAUCUCGAGGGCAUACCGUGACAUCUUCGUGAGUGGCCAGGACCGCCUUGGCAAGCAUGGUGGAUCCCCUGGGAGCGAGGCCUGUCCCUUGACCAACUACAAUGAACAGCAGCAGCUUAACAACUCUUAUGGCUAUGGGCAGCAGUAUGAGUCAGCCACCCUGCGUCUGUCCAGCUACAGUCCUCAAGAGCCAUCCAAUUAUGUGGACAACAGUCCCAGGUGCUUUGGCAAUGAGAUUUUCCAGGCUCAGCAGGCUGGCUAUUUGCACAAUGCUGGACAUUACCCAGGCCUUGAGUACAACUACCCUGAGGCCAAUCCCCAGAGGAGCUGCCCCUGGCGGGGGACACCUAGCAGAGGCAUUGCCUGUCCUCUGAAUGCCACCCCCUACUGUAGCAAUGGCAAGAGCAGUCAGCAAGUGUGGGAGGAGUUUUCGCAGUGCUUCACGCCAGCUGUCAAGGAGGUGGUGGAGUUUGCCAAGAGCAUCCCAGGCUUCCAGUCGCUCUGCCAGCAGGACCAAGUUAUGCUGCUCAAAGCAGGCACUUUCCAGGUGCUGAUGGUGCGCUUCUCUUCUCUAUUUAGUCCCAAGGAGAAAGUGGUGACCUUUUUGAGUGGGGAGACGUACUCACUCUGCAGCCUGCGUACCAUGGGCAUGGGCUCCCUGCUGGAUGCCAUGUUUGAGUUCAGCGAGAAACUCAGUUCCCUAGGCUUAGAUGCACAAGAAAUGGCACUCUUCAUGGCUGUGGUCCUUGUCUCAGCUGAUCGUUCUGGCAUCUCUGAUGUAGAUGCCGUUGAAAUCCUCCAGGAGACUUUAAUCCGGGCCUUGAGAACUCUAGUAACCAAGAAGCACCCAGAUGACUCCACACUCUUCCCCAAGCUGCUUCUUCGUCUUCCUGACCUGAGAACCCUCAACAACCAGCAUUCUGAGAAACUCCUUGCCUUCCGGAUCAACCCUUAAGCCCACUGGACCAGUUACUUAAUCCCUAAGCGAUUUGGGGGAAGAGAGGUGAAAAUCAACCAUCAAGCAAAUUGAAUGCAUUGGGACUACAUUUUGCUCUUGCAAGAAGAUUGCGAUGAUGACAGAAGAAGAACAGAAGGGAUCCGGCAACGGUGGAAAGCCGAUAGCCCAUUGCAGUUGGGUUCUGCUAGAGCAGAUCCCUCCCUGGUGAGGAGAUCAGAUGCAGGAGGAAGGGUCUGCGUUUCCCAGAUAGCGCUCUCCGUGGCACUGUGUGGAUUGAAGAUCAUUUCUUUGCUAGAGGAGAUCAAACAAAUGAACUGGACACAAGUACUGUGUUGUUUCUAACUGUGUGUGUACAUAUAUAUCUUCCUUUCCAUACGAACUUGUUGAUGUUGUAUUCUGUAUAUAAGGAUACCAGGCAUACUGUACAUAAUAAUUAGCAAUGGUAGCUCUCAAGGACAGGAAAAUGCAGGCCAUCUUGAUGAGGCAAUUAUUGAAGCUUAGUUUCCUUCCUUAAUCCGCAUGCUACCAACAGCACCAUGUUUCCAAGUUUCCUUUUUCUUUCUUUCUUUCCUGAAGCCUCUGUUCCCUUUGGUGAUUUUUUCCUGAAGAAGGGAUAAGUUCACAUGGGCUAGGUGCUAAAACUUUAUCUUAAGAGACAUUUAAUAUAUACUGCAAAUUUUGCUGGGUAGGUGUUAUAUUCGGAUGUGAAGUAGAACUACUUGGGCCAGUUUUCCACCUCCAACUCUGACUAAGUGGGGCCACAGUCCUUUUUUUUGUCUUGUCUGAUGUGAGUGUCUAUUAUUGAUAUAGCAUAUAUAGUAGAUAUAUAUUUAUAUUUUGUAAAUGUUUCAAACAAAACACACAAGGGGCUUCCACCAGUUUGUAGGUAGAGUUACACUCUCUGAGAUGGCUGCGACAUGCUGUCCCGGCUGGAAGUGGAGCAAGGAUGCGGAGAUGCUUAGUAGGAUUGGAGGGCAGCUUCUCAAAAGGAGGAGGAGAGCCGUUGUUUGUUUGGAUCCAAGCUUUGGAUCAUCCAGGUUCUUUCCAUGCCAAGAAAGUUUUAAGAGAAAUGAGCAACAGUUUGUUCAGCCAUUAGGAAGAAAGGGCUAAGCAAAUACUCUAAUGCCGUCCUGCCCAACCAUACUGGUUUCUUCCAGGCAAUGGUGCUUUUCCUUUUCAUGAAGGAUGAAGCUAUGAGUGCUCUCUCCCAGGGUCCUAAUACUCAGCAUCCCAUCCUGACCUCUAGAUCUCGUCCCCUUCUAGGACAGGGCAUAAACCCCCUGAGUCCUGGCUGUUUCCAAGCUGCCUUUGAUCACAUUCAACCCCAUCUUUAAUUCCAGAGUUCCAAAUAUAAUUCCAGACUUUUGGCUGAUUACUCUUUUGUCAUAAUUAAUAGAUUGCCUUCCUUAGAAGGGGAUAGAGAGUAACCUUGGAAUGACUCAUUCCAGCUUCUUCCUCAUUCUUGGGGCUGUGUGUUCUGCGCACUUUAUAAUUAAAUAAUAUUUUUCUGAAAAGCAACCCAGAUUUCUGUGCCAUGAAAUGCCUAAAUCUGUAUGAUCUGGAUGACUUAUGCAAAUUGAAGCUGAUACUUUCUUUUACUCUGCCCAAUUUAUUCUGCUUCUACUUGGGAGGCACAGGACACUGGAACACUUUCUGUGGAUCUCUGGAAACAUCUCUGUCCUCAUCAGAACUUCCCACCCCCAAAAUGCACAUGAGGGUGGCAGAUCCAUGUGUAAAGUGUACACGUGAUUUAGAGCACCACCAGGCCAGAUGGGAAAGUGGUGUGUGGAAUACCGAGCCCUCACUCACUUACCAGUCUUCACUCCGCAGUUCAUUUCCCCCAACCUCCAGGCUCCUCCAAUACCAGCUGAGAAAAAAGUGCCUGGGGGAAAGAGCGGUGGAGAGGAAAAUGGUAGGCAUUGUGGUGUGGGCACACCACUUCUCAUUGUGUGCCCUUGUAGCACUUUAAACUAUAUUCUUCUCAUUUCUGUGGCACACUUUUUGAAAGGGGGUUGGCAGGAAAUGGCUAUUGUCAUCAUCCUGUGCAGUUUGGGACCUGGGAUUUUCCUUCGCAACGGCCAACUUUCAAAAGAUUUCUCCCCCUUGGCCACAAAUGCUAUCAACUUGCUUCAAAAAUUAAAGCUGCUAAUUCCAGAUUCCACACAUGGAGGAUGAUGGAUUUGCAGAAACAUGGAUUGCAUACAGUUUUGUUGAUCCAAAAAUAUCAAGAACUGGUUUUCUCAGCUGUCAUUAUGGGGCAGAGGGGGAAGUCUGUUAAAGUAGGUGACCAAAAAAGGGGGCCUGGACUCCCCUUUUCUGCCCAAUAGAAACCCCACCCCCACUUUUCCAUUUUGGCUGUGGUCAGCCAGUCCUGUUCUCUGCAUUGGUACAUAUCAGGGUUUUUCAUCCCAAUUACAGGAGCUCUCAUAGCACGUUUCGAUCACCCUCCUGUGUUGCAUGAUACGGGGUGUAUUUGUGUUCUCUGCAGGGUGGGAGGGACACUGUUGCUGCUGUUCAACACUGCUUUUCAAUAAAACCAGACGUUGCACUUUUCUUAGAAGUCUAGAAGAAGAAAAAAAGUAUGUUUAUAACAGAGAGUUACCUCCUUAAACCGGAGUAUAUUUGCUGCAAAGGGAAAAUAGAAAGAGUUUUAUUUGCUGCUGUUGCUGCUGCUGCUGGGGGUCAAAAAGACUCGCAAAAGAUACCGACAAGAAAGAAAGAGAUAGAGAGAGAGUUUAUUUUUUGUCUAAUAUUGAAGUGCAAUAAAUACAUUAAAAUUAAAUGAAAUAAAUACUUGCUUAACAGUGAGACAA